CACAGUGUUGCCUCAGCACACAGUACGCCGACAGACUGCAAGACCGAGAGAAGAAUUAUGCAGAAACAUAAUAUUCUCUGACCCAGCAUGCUGUUCAGCAACACUGAAUUUGCUGGAAACACAACCAAUACUGCGUGACAUCUGGGUCUACUUCAACUGAAGUCAUUUUGAAGAGUACAAGUCACUGAAGGAAUGGCCUUAUGUCUGAAAAUCUUGGUCGUCUUUGCCCUUGUGGUGACUGUGUUUAUUUUGGAAACAAGGAACCGUAACUUUCAGUUUUACUUCUCCGCCCGGGAUUAUCUGGUAGAGGAAGGAGAACACAUUCUUCCUCACAUACGGCAGGAAAGAAGUGUGCUUUCAGACUCUGAGAUUUACUCAGCAAACAUUUUAUUAAAUGCAUCGAGCGUGGGAACCUAUGAGCAGCUGCUGUCGACCCUGAACGCCACCAGUUAUCCUCUCCAGCUUGAUAACGCCACAGAGAUCCAAGAUAUUACUGUUACAACAGUUUGUGUCUCCACUGAAACUGGUUUCCAGUGUGAGUGUGAAGAGCAGUUUGCUUGGCCGUACAGCUCCUGCAUCACAUAUGGAGCUUGUGAUUCCAUAUCCAGCGGCGUCUGCAAAUGCAUCUCGGCGAUCCCAGCUGACGGCUCUUCCUGUCAGCUGAUCUCCGAGCUGCUGGUCCAAACUGAAUAUGUGAUCGAUCUGGAGCUGAAUCUAACCGACAUCGCAACAGUGGACUUCCUUAGACGCCUCCUGAGCAAUGGCAGCAAUUUUCUAACCCUGAGUCCAACAGUGAAUGUCACACAGCUUGACCUCUCCACAGUCUGCUCUCCAAUCAGUGGUGAUUACCAGUGCAGAUGUGAGGAUCAAUAUCGUUUUCCAUGUGACCAGUGUGUAACAUAUGGAUCAUGUGACAACAUCACUGGUGACACAUGUGGAUGCAUCAGUGGCAUUCCUGCUGGUGGACAGUACUGCCAGGCUGAGGAUCAAUACAACUUUACAUCAUGUCCUGCUACAACACGCACUCCAGAGCUGCUGGUCCAAACUGAAUAUGUGAUCGAUCUGGAGCUGAAUCUAACCGACAUCGCAACAGUGGACUUCCUUAGACGCCUCCUGAGCAAUGGCAGCAAUUUUCUAACCCUGAGUCCAACAGUGAAUGUCACACAGCUUGACCUCUCCACAGUCUGCUCUCCAAUCAGUGGUGAUUACCAGUGCAGAUGUGAGGAUCAAUAUCGUUUUCCAUGUGACCAGUGUGUAACAUAUGGAUCAUGUGACAACAUCACUGGUGACACAUGUGGAUGCAUCAGUGGCAUUCCUGCUGGUGGACAGUACUGCCAGGCUGAGGAUCAAUACAACUUUACAUCAUGUCCUGCUACUACACUUGCUCCAUCUCCUCCGCCUGUCUAUGAAUAUGUGAUAUCUAUCGAGCUGAAGGCUGCAGAUGAUGAAGUUGUAGCAGAGCUAAGAAACAUCAGCUAUCCAGUCAGCAUCAACAGCAACAUACACAUCUCUGAUGUUAACAUCUCUACAGUCUGCUCUCCAAUCAGUGGUGAUUACCAGUGCAGAUGUGAGGAUCAAUAUCGUUUUCCAUGUGACCAGUGUGUAACAUAUGGAUCAUGUGACAACAUCACUGGUGACACAUGUGGAUGCAUCAGUGGCAUUCCUGCUGGUGGACAGUACUGCCAGGCUGAGGAUCAAUACAACUUUACUGCAUGUCCAAUCACAACAACUCCACAACCAACAAGUCCACCAGUCUUCCAUCAGUACCUGCUUUCCAUUGAGCUGAACUCCACAGAUGUUACAGUUGUAGAAAAGCUGAGGAACAUCAACAACACCAUCAGCAUGAACAGGAAAUUACGAAUCACUGAUGUUAACAUUACUACAGUCUGCUCUCCAAUCAGUGGUGAUUACCAGUGCAGAUGUGAGGAUCAGUAUCGUUUUCCAUGUGACCAGUGUGUAACAUAUGGACCAUGUGACAACAUCACUGAUGACACAUGUGGAUGCAUCAGUGGCAUUCCUGCUGGUGGACAGUACUGCCAGGCUGAGGAUCAAUACAACUUUACAGCAUGCCCUCGAACAUCAACGACGGUGAUACCAACAACUGACACAACCUCACCAGAGAUCCGUCAAUACCUGCUUUCCUUUGAGCUGAAAACCACAGACGUUAGAGCUGUAGAAGAGCUGAGAAACAUCACCUCCCCUAUCGGCCUCAGUAGCCGUCUACUGAUCUCUGUUAUUAACAUCUCUACAGUGUGCUCCCCCUAUAAUACCAGCUACCAGUGCAGAUGUGAGGCUCAGUAUGGCUGGCCUUGUGACAUGUGCUCCACUUAUGGCCAAUGCAGCAACGUUCAAGGCAGUACCUGUGGAUGCAUCAAUGCACUUCUUCCAAAUAAUACUUAUUGCCAGCCACUGUCAGAUCUUGAUUCCUGCCCGACACAAUCACCAACAACAGAGAUGAUGAAUACUACCACACCUGGAACAACAGUCAUGAAUACUACAACACCUGCCACAACAGUCAUGAAUACUACAACACCUGGAACAACAGUCAUGAAUACUACAACGCCUGGAACAACAGUCAUGAAUAUAACAACACUUGGAACAACAGUCAUGAAUACUACAACGCCUGGAACAACAGUCAUGAAUAUAACAACACUUGGAACAACAGUCAUGAAUACUACAACACCUGCAACAACAGUCAUGAAUACUACAACACCUGGAACAACAGUCAUGAAUACUACAACACCUGUUACUACAGUCAUGAAUACUACAACACCUGGAACAACAGUCAUGAAUACUACAACACCUGGAACAACAGUCAUGAAUAUAACAACACUUGGAACAACAGUCAUGAAUACUACAACACCUGGAACAACAGUCAUGAAUACUACAACACCUGGAACAACAGUCAUGAAUACUACAACACCUGGAACAACAGUCAUGAAUAUAACAACACUUGGAACAACAGUCAUGAAUACUACAACACCUGGAACAACAGUCAUGAAUACUACAACACCUGGAACAACAGUCAUGAAUAUAACAACACUUGGAACAACAGUCGUGAAUACUACAACACCUGGAACAACAGUCAUGAAUACUACAACACCUGGAACUACAGUCAUGAAUAUAACAACACCUGCAACAACAGUCAUGAAUACUACAGCACCUGGAACUACAGUGGUAGAUACUACAACACCUGGAACUACAGUCAUGAAUACUACAACACCUGGAACUACAGUCAUGAAUAUAACAACACCUGCAACAACAGUCAUGAAUACUACAGCACCUGGAACUACAGUGGUAGAUACUACAACACCUGGAACAACAGUCAUGAAUACUACAACACCUGGAACAACAGUCAUGAAUACUACAACACCUGGAACUACAGUGGUAGAUACUACAACACCUGGAACAACAGUCAUGAAUACUACAACACCUGGAACUACAGUGGUAGAUACUACAACACCUGGAACAACAGUCAUGAAUACUACAACGCCUGGAACAACAGUGGUAGAUACUACAACGCCUGGAACAACAGUGGUAGAUACUACAACACCUGAAACAACAAUCAUGAAUACUACAACACCUGGAACAACAGUCAUGAAUACUACAACAUCUGGUACAACAGUCAUGAAUACUACAACACCUGGAACUACAGUGGUAGAUACUACAACACCUGGAACAACAGUCAUGAAUACUACAACACCUGAAACAACAGUCAUGAAUACUACAACAUCUGGUACAACAGUCAUGAAUACUACAACACCCGGAACAACAGUGGUAGAUACUACAACAUCCGGAACUACAGUGGUAGAAACUACAACAACCGGAACUACAGUGGUAGAUACUACAACAUCCAGAACUACAGUGGUAGAAACUACAACAACUGGAACUACAGUGGUAGAUACUACAACACCCAGAACAACAGUCAUGAAUACUACAACAUCUGGAACAACGAUUACGAGUACUACAGUGACAGUUGUAUCAGCAAUAAACAUGUCAGUUGAACUGAAUAUGGAUUUUAUAGAGCAGUACAACAAUCCAGACAGUCCUGAAUACAAAAUCCUUUCAAGAAAUAUCACUGUAUUGCUUGAGCAGCAGUAUCGCAAACUGAAUGGCUUCCUUAAUGUUUCUGUGACAAAAUUCAGGAAAGGAAGUGUUGUAACAGAUUUUACUGUCAAGGUCAAAUCUGAAUCAUUUGAUGUGACUGCGCUGAAUUCAGUCAAUUCAAAACUCCCGGCAGCAUUGAUAUCAAUUGCUCCUGUUAUUGGCUCAGUGACUGCAAAGUACUACAGUUCAACUCAUCUUGGGUCAGAUGUAACUGAGUUCAUUUAUACUGGUAAAACCAUGACACUGACAUGUGACCCUACCGAGGCCAAAAUGGGAAACACUAAGAAUCCUGUAUGGAAAUUUAACAAUGUUGUAAUCGGGUCACAUCGGCACAAACCGUUUAUUUCUGAAAGUCAGUACAAGCUGGCAGUGGAAAACGUUAUUCUUGGUGAUGCUGGAAAUUAUGAAUGCUCAGUGCAAGGAGACAAUAUUACUUUCAUCCAAGACAGAAAUGUGGGAACAAAUGAGAUCAGAUCAGCUCCUAAUGUGCGAGUCCAGCAAACAAUGUUGGCGAAAUGCAAAGAAGGAAAAAAAGAACCAGUCGUCUGCUGUGUGCAGUCCCCUUAUACUGUCAGGUGGUAUGAUGGUUCAACGCUUUUAACUUCAGUUGCCGGUGCAGAUCCAGGCUGCAUCAAGUAUGAAUAUCCAAUGCAAAGCUGCAGUGCACAAACAAAACUAUUCACAUGUAAAGUUGCUGAAGACGAGACUUAUAGCGCAACAGCAACCCUGACGAUUUUUACAGAUCCUAGGGUAUGUUACAAUGAUGUGUAUGGGUCUGGACGAACCGGUGACAAAGCAACCGCAAUGUGCCCUGUUGGCUUGGAGGGGCACAAGAGUGCAGUGUGUCAGGCAUCAGGAGAAUGGAAACUUGUGGAGGACUCCUGCAUUGUAACCAAGAUCAAUGAAUUACUUAUUAAUUCAGUGGAUCUGAAGGAAGAAGAGAUUCAGGUAUUUUCAACAAAUCUAAGUAAGGUUGUCUCAGAAGAGGAGAAGAAAAUUUCACAAUCUUCAGCAACAAUAUCAGCUAUUGUUAACAUAUUAAAUAUAAUCGCAGAGGUUUCAAAAGUGGUUACUAAAGACGUUAUGAAGAAUGUGCUAGAUACUGUCGAUGUCCUCAUUAGUGAUGAUGCAAAAGACUCCUGGAACUUUCUGAACUCAAAUGAAACCCAAAAUUCUAGCUCAGCACUUCUUGGCUCAAUGGAGACAAUCUCUAACAAACUGGAUGGAAAUUUUACUUUAAGUUCUCGACGUAUCCAGAUGGGCAGGUCCAAAUUUAGCAACUCUUUCAGUGAUGCCUUGACCUCCAAUGUCUCCAUAAACCUUCAAAAUACAGGCCUCAGUGACGUCUUUAUUACCACGAUUGUAUUCUCCACCCUCCACAACAUUAUGCCGUCACGGAAUUCUUCGUUUAACCUUACUGCGUCCGACACCACCAGCAAUGAAACUAAACCUGACAAUGCCAUCAAUGCUGCUGUCCUGCUUGUAAAAUUAAAUGAAACCAUUCGGAACGUCACUCUGAGCUAUCAAAAGUUCAAUACCACUCUGGAACUGAAUCCUCAGUGCGUCUUCUGGAAUUUUAGCCUCUUAGAUAAUCUUGGUGCCUGGGAUGACCAGGGCUGCAGGUUUGUUUCUGAUAUAAACGAUACUGUAACCUGCACCUGCAACCAUCUCACAUCGUUCUCAAUUCUUAUGUCAACUGCCAUCCCUGAAGAACUACGAUUAUUACUGGAUAUAAUGACAUAUAUCGGUGUUGGAAUAUCAAUGAUCAGCUUAAUUAUUUGUCUCAUCAUUGAAGGAAUUGUAUGGCGACCCCUUACCAAAAACAGCACUGCCUUUAUGCGCCAUGUUGCCAUUGUUAACACAGCCCUGUCCUUGCUGAUUGCUGACAUCUGUUUCAUCAUUGGAGCCGCUAUUUCAAAGAACCCUGCAGAAAACCCAGGCGAGGACUACAAAGUUCCAGUUGGACCGUGCAGUGCAGCGACCUUUUUCAUGCACUUUUUCUAUCUCGCCAUGUUCUUUUGGAUGCUUGACUCAAGCCUGCUGCUCUUGUACCGGUCAGUCUUGGUCUUCUCCCAAAUGUCCAAAUGGACCAUGUUCGCCAUUGGCUUGACUGUGGGAUACGUUUGCCCUCUGAUCAUAGCUGUUACUACAGUUGCUGCCACUGCACCUGGGGGUGGAUAUGUAAGGGAAGAUCUAGCUUGUUGGCUAAACUGGACAAAGACCAAGGCCCUCCUGGCCUUAGUGAUCCCUGCCUUGGCCAUAGUUGUGUUCAAUAUUUUGGUCAUUCUGGUGGUUUUGUACAAGAUGCUCAGAAGAAGAAACACAAACCAGGCAGACGAGAAACACGCCUUGGUAGUGAUUCUAAGAUGUGUGGCUAUACUGAGUCCACUAUUCGGACUGACCUGGUGUUUGGGAAUUGGAACCAUGGUGGACCCAACAAAUGGAGGGAUCCAUGUUGCUUUUGCUUUCUUCAACUCCUUACAGGGUUUCUUUAUUUUGGUGUUUGGGACUUUGUUUGAUUCCAAGAUCCGUUCCCUGAUAUUAAGAAAAAUACCAGCUCUAAGCGCGACCUCUAAUCGAACAAGAAGCACCAGUGGUGGAACUUCAGCUCUGAGUAGCGUUUUUGGUCGACUUCGCAGAGGAAGGAAUGGUUACCAUGCUUCACCAGUUGGAAACUCAAACACCAGCAGUAGUGGAUCAGAGGCAUUUUCCAACACCUGAUUCUGUACAAAUAAUCUGUUCACUUGUAAAGCUGAAAUGUAUCUUAUCUUUGUUAUUUUUAUUCAAUCACAUAUACAGGUGUGAUAUCUUGAAUGUGAGGUUCAAUGGCAAUAAUUUGUGAAGGAAACUGUGAAGUAGCAUUUUAAUGAACUUGUAUGUCUUUAAAUAUAUAACGCUGCUGUUAAUUUUAAUUAUAAGUGUAAAAUCACAGUGUUAUGGUUUGCAUGUGCAAUUCAAAGAGCAUCAUAAGGGGAAAAUUACCCCCAAAAUAAGAUGAUUAUAAAAGAGUUAAUUGGGAAAUAUAUUUACUAUUCUGUGACAUCACAGGAAUAUCAGUACUUUAAAAUAUUUAUGUGCAGAGAUAAAUGGAGUCUUGUAAGCAAAGAGAUCUACAAAUCUUCUAUCAAGAGUAAUGGGCCAAAGUUCUAGCAAACUCUUACUAGAAGAUUGCGGAAGGAAACCCAAAACACUUGACUCAAAAAAAAAAUCUACCUAAUACUGUGGAAAUACACUGAACAAAAAUAUAAACGCCCCAGAAGAGUUUUAUGAACAUUUGGAUUACGCAAUAUAGAGAAAUUCAAAGUAUAUUUUCAGUAAUUAUUGAUCUUCGUAUCAGCAUUGACAACAUCGUGGUUUGGCCAUUUCUGGCAGAUUGACAGUCCUUUGAACAUGAUCGGGGUCAGUUUGAGGAAUUUGAUUUUGACCCAGUUGGUUUCUCAUAGGCGGUUACAGACAGUCUGAGGUGUGAUGUGUCUGUUGUGCAGAGCAAUAGUCUGAUGAGCUGCGUGUGCCGCUGGUCUUGGCCAGUUCUGCAGGUUGAUGAGCCGGAUGUGGCGAUCUUGUGCUGGAGUGGUCACACGUGGCCGACAAGGAUGAGGUCGACUUGAAGUGGUGCCAGUCUGUUGGAAACAAACUCUUAAACGGCCAGUGGUCUAAUAAUGGACAUUGAGCCAGGCAGCUACUACUCUGCUGGACAUCCCUGCAUGCAUUAUGACUUGUGACAAAAUUUGACAUUUUGGGGUGGCCUUUUAUUGUCCCCAGUCCAAGAAUUGUCCAGUUGUUGCUCAUUUUGUCUGAUCACCCACUGGACAUGCCCCACCCAUGCAUUGAGUAAAAGAACAACUCACAGAGUAAUGCUCACUGACAGCAAGUUGGAUUAAAAAUUAUUCAUAAAUCAAGAAAAAUAUUACUUUUGUACAAUUAAAAUGUCAGAUAAUGCUCAUUUACCCGUAACUCCACAUGGAAACAAUAUUGGACAUGAGGCGUUUAUAUUUUUGUUCAGUAUAUAUGUGAACUUGUGACUUUGAAGAAAGUAAUAAAAAUUUUUUAAAAUGUC